GAUGAUCACGUGGUUUGAUAAGAUACAGGAUGUAAACGUUUUUGAAUGCCCUACUGGUUGGGAGGAACAUAAAGAUCAUUGCUAUCGUUUUGUUAGAGACCCUGAGGAAACAGCUGAAGGGGUAAAAAUAAAAUGUCAGGAAGACGAAGCUUACGGUCUUAGUAUAAACUCCGAAGAAGAGCAUAUUUUUGUAAGGGAUACUCUUGAAAGAAUAGAUGCAGCUUCUAAGAAAUUAGACUGGUGGACAUCGGGUAGAAGACUCCCAUCCAAUCGAACUAGAAUGUUUUGGGAGGGAGACGGCACUAUGAUUGAAUCUUUUGUCUAUUGGCAAGAUCCUUCCAUCCCCGGUCAACUUGAUAAGGAUAGGAUACUCUACAACUUCAAUGGAAUAAGCGGGAAAUGGGGCUGGAUACUUGGACAAGGCGGUGAGAAACGUCCAUUUAUCUGCGAAAUAUCAAAAGAGGAUAUUUUUCGGAUAAAUAGCAAUGAUCGAGGUCCAGACUAUGGAAUAAAUGAACCAGAUCCAACUAAAAUUAAAAGAGGACCAAAAUUUAUUACUCAACCAAGGAAAACGGUUUAUGAAAAUCCAAAAGGUAAAAAUGAACAAGAUGAUGAAGGAGAUAUUUUAUCGAAUCCCGGCGGUAUUGUCAAGGAGGAGAAAACCUUUUUAGAUUGUGUAGCGGACAGUGUACCUCAACCGAAGUAUACAUGGCUUAAGCAUUAUGAUGGUAAAACGACAGUGAUUGAACCAUCGGAUAAACACUAUACCAUAAUUAACGGACGCCUCAAUAUAAACAAACCGGAUGAGAAAAGAGAUGUAGGUAUAUACCAGUGUAUGGCUGGAAAUCAGCAUGGUAUCAUUCUUUCUAAUACGGCCGAAUUAUCUUUUGGAUAUCUUCACAACUUCCCAAAGAGUCCUCGUGCCAGAGUCGUAGCAAAGUCACAUGACACUGCAUCCAUCUACUGCGCGCCUCCAGAUCAUACAAAACCGAUCUUAUUUGCUUGGUACAAGAAUAGUAUAUCAAAUUUUGUCCGACCAAAUUUGAAGCCUUACACCUUUAUAAGCUACGAUGGUCAUUUGUAUUUUAGCGAGGUUACAGUGGACGAUAAGGGAUCUUAUUACUGUAUGGUUUAUAAGCCAGAGUUUUUAGCAAAGGGAAAAAUAUCUAUGCCUAAUCCUCUCCACAUAGAGGAAUCUAGCGCGGCCACAUACGAACCUCUUAUACUUGAUAAAUUUCCUAAAAUAUUUCCGUCAUCGCCAAAAGUUGGGGAUAAAGUUAGAAUUGAAUGUUUCGCCAAAGGUUCUGCUAGGCCAGGUCCUAAAUUAAAUUAUUUCUGGAGGCGUUUGGAAUCUUCUGUAGCGAAGGAUGGUACUGUACAACUAAAGGCUGGAAAGAGAAAAGAAUUACCUCUGCCGAAAAAUUCAUUCCUAGAAGAUCACAAUAGAGUUUUAACCUUUGAAAAUGUUCAGUUAUAUGACGCUGGUGUUUAUGAAUGUAAAGUUAGUCGACAAACUGGAAAAGAGGAUUCCAGAACAAAAACUUUAAAUGUUGUUUCUCCGCCCUUCUUUAUAACACCAAUUAAGGACAAAUUCAUAGAUGCCAACGUGGACCUUCAAUGGCGUUGCGUUGCUGGUGGAACAGGCGAUAUAGCUUAUAAAUGGCUUAAGAAUGGACUUAACCUGGAAUCCAGUAAUAGAAUUCAAAUAAACAACAACGUCUUAAAAAUAAAAAAAGUUGACGCGGAAAAGGAUAAUGGAAUGUAUCAGUGUCGAGCAACAAAUACACAGGGAGUGAGAUUUUCAACAGCAGAACUUAGAGUUUUGAGUUUCGCUCCAAAUUUCCAAAAGUAUCCUCUUAAGCCAAACUUGUUUGCAACUCUUAGAGGUAAUGCAACUCUGAUAUGUAGACCAGAAGCCGCUCCAUAUCCUAAACCAGAUGACAUUCAAUGGUAUAAGGGAUCUAAUCCACUUACGCCUGAUGGAAGAAUACAAAAAUUACCAAAUGGUAAUCUGCUGAUAACUGGUUUAACAAUGAAUGAUAGAGGAUUCUACGAAUGUAAAGUUAAAAAUGAUUUGGGUGAAGCGUCUACAAAGGGAAAUUUAACAAUAUUGACCACAACAUCAAUUGUCAAUCCCCCGAUGGAUGAAGUUGUUCAAAUAAAUAAAACCAGAUUCUUUCAUUGUAUUGCAUCUCAUGCUACUCAGUUGGAUGUAACUUAUAUAUGGUACCAAGGACCUUAUAUGAUUGAAUUCGAAAGAAUUUACAGACUUGGUGAAACCAAUUUCCAAAUAUGGCGAAAUCCCACAUUUAAAAGGGGAACAGGCUUUUAUAUGGGAGGAUUAUAUAUUAUGAAUGCAAAAGCUGAGAAUCAAGGAAAAUAUACCUGUCGGGUAGAAAGCAGCGCAGGGAAUUUCGAAAGUAGCGCUUUUCUUAGAGUGAUAUCCCCCCCAAGUAUGCCAGUAUCACUGCAAAUUAUUGGAAGAGUAACUGCGUUUAAAGCAACUCUAUCAUGGAGAGAGGCAUUAAAUAACGGCGGAAGACCUGUUCAUACAUUUGUCCUUGAAGCUUUUAACGGUUGGGAAAAGUUUUGGAAGGUUAUUAGAACAAAUAUCCCUGCGGAUAGAGUAGAAGAUGUAAAAUCAGCUGUAAAUCUAUACAAUAUAACUUUGAAUGAUUUGCGACCUUUCAGUAAUUAUUAUUUCCGGGUAAGGGCUGAAAACAGCUUGGGAACUAGUGAACCGAGCAUACCUUCCAAGAUGAUAGAAACUUUAGAAACUAAACCGGAUCUGGCUCCAAAGCAAGUUGGAGGGGGUGGUGGUAAAGUUGGAACCCUACACGUUAGCUGGGAACCUUUAAAGCUUUGGGAGCACAAUGGUAAAGGUUUAUAUUAUAUAGCCUACAGGAGAAAGAAAGGAGAUCAGGAAUUUAAGGCGAGUAAAAAGAUAACUGAUCCGGAAAAAUCUUAUUACACUUUCGAAGUUGGACAAAAUAACUUUUACUUAUUAUACGAAGUUAGAGUGCAAGCUUGUAAUAAUCUGGGUUGUGGGCCGCUGUCCGAAAUUGUUGAAAUAUACUCAUCAAUGAGCGUUCCUGUCAUCACAGCAGAGGAUGUAAGAGCUCAACCUUUCAACGCAACUGCUUGUAUUGUACAUUGGAUUCCGGUUACCGAUUCAAGAGAAAAAUUAAAAGGAAAAUUAGGAGGUUAUAGAAUCAGCUAUUGGAAAGACAAAGGAGGUUCAAGAGAGGGAGCUCCACGAGUUACGGUUGACGGUCAGGCAGAUGAAGCGUUGGUAAUUGGAUUAGAACCAGAUACUAUGUAUAAAUUUGACGUAAUGAUCUGGAAUGAGGCUGGGAAUGGACCAAAGAGUCAGGAAUUUCCUCAAAGAACGUUUAGAAAUUCCCCAAUUAACCAGCCAACUGAAGUGCAAGUGUUACAAAUUGAUUCAGGAACCAUAGAUGUCUUUUGGAGAGGAGUAAGUACAGACCAAAGAGAAGAACCUUUGGAUGGAUAUAAAGUAAGAAUAUGGAGGUCUGGUACUCAUAUAAAAGUGGCAGACGACUACGACGCUGGAAAAGAAACGGAGAUACGAAUUCGGAAUAUGAAUCCACACAAUAUAUAUAAAUUAAGAGUAUUCGGCUACUCUAGAGGUGGAGAUGGAACAAUGAGCUCACCGUCUAUCAAAUUUCAUCUAGACGAUUCAUACAGACUUAUGAAUAAUCCCUAG